AUGACAAGAAAACAUUAUAAUAUUAUAUUAUAUUCUCUCAAUGUCCUUCCAGAGUAUGAAAAGAUCUUGUUGAUCAAAAGAGAAAAGAUGAGUGGAGUAAUCGUACAACAAUCUAUCGAAAAUAUAAUUGGGUAUUGUAAUACUUUGUCAUUUGAAAAUAAAACAAUAGUUUUGGAAAUUGGUAAUCAUGAUCAAAUUAAAAUAAUCAAUUCACCACCAUCCGGCAAGCCAAAUGACCAACAACCAACAACAACUAUUCUCAACUUGGCAAGUCAACCUUUUAAAUCACCAUUUUUCAAAAUCGACAAUACAACAUUCCAAGUCUAUACUUUUGAAAACCAAACUACCAUUUCCCAAUCAUCGGUAGAAUUUAAAAACAACAACAACAACAACAACAACAACAACAACAACAACAACAACAACAACAACAACAACAACAACAACAACAACAACAACAAUACUACCAAUAGUAUCUUGGCUCUUGAUACUCAAGUUGUCAAUUCCUCAUUGACUCUUUCAAAUAGUAGUUUAAUAUCUUUUCCAUUUAAUUCUACUCAUUCCAUUAUUAGUUCAAAUCAAAGUUUAAUAUAUUUAGGUGAUUCAAAGAUUAUAAAAAGUGAAUUAAAUAUUCAAAAUAAUAGUAAAUUAUUAUUCUUUAAUCAUUCAAUGAUUGAUGGUAGUAUAGUUAAAUUGGAUCAAUCCAUUUUUGGAACCAAUUAUCUUGUUUUGACAAAUUCCUCCAAAUUAAUUUUAAAUCAUUCAAAAUUAAUAUUAUUCAAUGAAACAUCAACUAUAGAAAUUAAAACCAAUUCAACAUUAAAUUUAAUCAAUAAUACAUAUGUAUAUAAUACAGUUGUCAUACUUGAUAAUAAUAAUUCAUUAUCAUUUAAAUCAAUGAAAACUUUAAACUCUUCCAUUAACAAUCAUCAUGUUGUUAUUGAAAAUUCCACAACCAUUUUAAAUAUUCCACCAAUUACAAAAAAUAGAAAACCAUCGUCGUCAUCAUCAUCAGUCAAUGAUAAAUAUACAGUAAUAUCAUCCGAUUCAAUUAUACGAUCAAAUAUGAAUUAUGAAGUACCAUUCAACCAUUAUUAUCUAAACUCUUUGGUCUUCAACUUGACCAAUGUUCAACUAUUCGUUCCAGAGGUAUCCAUAUUCAAUUCCAACUUUACAUUUUCAAAUGGUCUCAUUCAAUUAAAUAUUGGUAAUGGUAAAUCUUUUAUUUUUAUUGUAAGAAAGAAACUUUUGAAAAUAGAAAAAAAGAAAAACAAGAAUUCAACCGUUUCAAUUAAAGAUACUGUCAUUUUACAAAUGCAAUUGAUUUUUAAUAAUAAUCCAAAGAUUAAUAUGACAAAAACAAUUAUUGAAUCAUCACCAAUAAUUAUUAGAAACCAAAAAAUAAUUACUGGACAGGAAAGGGAUGUACUUGAUUUAUAUCUUAGUAGUUCGUCUGUAUUUUUGGAGAAAAAUAGUUCAUUUGAAUCAUACAAUUUUACAACACUGAUUGAUGGUACUGGUCAUUCAUUCUGGUCAAUCGAUCAAACAUCAUCGAUUGAAGGACAAAUGCAACUCUAUGGAUCAUUGGAUUGCUAUGGAACGAUGGGUUCAACCAAGAAAGUAAAUAACAUUCAUGUUGUUGGUGCUCUAUUCAUGACUCCAACUUCAAACCUAAAUAUUUUUGUAAAUGAUGAAUCAAAAUAUACAAAAUAUAUAAUUGAACAAGGAGGUAAAAUAUUUGGAAAUAUUACAAUUUAUCUAACUAUGAAAUCAAUUCGAGAAGGAGCAGAAUAUCAAAUCAUAUCAACAACCAAUAAUCAAGAAAAACAAUUAUUAUUGGAUGAUGAUGCUGUUGUCUUUUUCAAAUUAAUUCAACAAGUUGUUGUUUUGGUAGAGGAUGAAGAUGGUGAUAUGGUAGAGAUGCUUGCUAAUCGUAUUAUUGACUAUCCAUUAAACAAUACAUCAAUUUCGUUGGUACCACUAUUGAUCAAGGAUAAUAGUGGAGGAUGGAAGGUUAUUUUUGCAUCACCAUUCUUUUUUUACCCAAGACAUGGUGAGCAUGGAUCAAGAGGUGUCGGAGGGUACAAAAACAAUGAUUCAGUAUCCAUUGUGGCAGCAGUCGCAUCAAUACUAGUAGUCAUAUUAUUUUGUUUUGUUGCAUUAUGCAUUUUCAUCAAUCGACAUGCCAUCAAUAGAUUAUUGACCAAUACCAAUCUAUUUUCAAAGUAUAACAAAGAUAAUAACAACAAUAAUAAUAAUAAUAAUGACAAAAAGCAACCAACAACAACAAAUGUAGCAGACAAAUAUUUAGAUACUAUUACUACUACCGAUGAUAUCGGUAAUAAUAGUGGUGUAGUUAUAGACCGUCCAAUAGUGAAUUACAGUCAUACUAUUACAUUGGAGCAAGAAGAACAAGUUGGUAAUUUAGAACCAGUCCAAAACAGUCAAUCUUAUCCUGUAUCUAUUAUCUUUUAA